UGAUUGUCGGUUUUCGUCCUGUCUGUCUGAGGCUCGUUGUUAUUAUCACUACAUUUUGGAUUCACCUGCGAAGAAAUACUGCAGUUUUAUAAUUUGAUGAGUAAAUAAUAUCAUUUCUGGACAAGAUGGAUCAGAUCACACCCAAGGAGGUGAGGAUCCUAGAGACUGCUGAGGACAUCCAGGAGCGAAGAGAACAAGUCCUCACGAGAUACAGUGACUUUAAGUCUGAGGCUCGUGCCAAGCGCGAGAAACUUGAAGACUCUCGCCGAUUCCAGUAUUUUAAACGAGAUGCUGACGAACUUGAAUCAUGGAUUUACGAGAAGCUCCAAGCUGCUUCAGACGAGAGCUACAAAGAUCCUACAAAUCUGCAGGCUAAGAUCCAGAAGCACCAAGCAUUUGAGGCAGAGGUUGCAGCGCACAGCAAUGCUAUCGUAGUGCUCGACAACACCGGCAAAGAGAUGAUCAACCAGAACCACUUCGCCUCCGACAUCAUCCGCAAGAGGCUUGAGGAGCUGCACAGACUGUGGGAACUGCUGUUGUCUAAGCUGGCAGAGAAGGGUAUGAAGCUGCAGCAGGCUCUGGUGUUGGUGCAGUUCUUGCGACAAUGCGACGAAGUCAUGUUUUGGAUCAAUGACAAGGAGACAUUUGUCACCACGGAUGAGUUUGGCCACGACCUUGAACAUGUGGAGGUUCUCCAGCGCAAGUUCGACGAGUUCCAGAAGGACAUGGCGUCUCAAGAGUAUCGAGUUACUGAGGUCAAUGAGUUGGCUGAUAAGUUGGUGCUGGAUGGACACCCAGAGAGAGACGUCAUACUGAAGCGCAAAGAGGAGCUGAUUGAAGCGUGGAUGCGGCUGAAGCAGCUGGCGUUGAUGAGACAAGAGAAACUGUUUGGAGCACACGAGAUCCAGCGACUGAACAGAGACGCUGACGAGACUGUUGCUUGGAUCGCCGAGAAGGACGUUGUUCUCUCUUCUGAUGACUACGGCAGAGAUCUUGCCACAGUGCAAACACUACAGCGCAAACACGAGGGAGUGGAGAGGGACUUGGCUGCUCUAGAGGACAAGGUAGUCACUUUGGGACAGGAGGCUGACCGUCUGUGUGGCAUCCAUGCGGACCACGCUGAUCAGAUACAGGCAAAACGUGCCGAGAUUGUUGCCUACUGGGAACGUCUGACGGCUAAAGCCAAGGAACGCCGACAGAAGCUGGACGAGAGCUACUGUCUACACCGCUUCCUGGCGGACUUCAGAGACCUUAUCUCUUGGAUCAAUGACAUGAAGGCGAUCAUCUCCGCUGACGAGCUGGCCAAGGAUGUGGCUGGUGCUGAGGCUCUGAUAGAGCGACACCAGGAACACAAGGGUGAGAUUGACGCAAGGGAGGACAGUUUCCGCAGCACAGCGGAGGCCGGCCAGGUGUUGUUGGAGAGACAGCACUAUGCUGCGGAGGAGGUGAAGGAGAAGCUGGUGGUGUUGGCUUCAGAGAAGACAUCCCUGCUGCAGAUGUGGGAGGAAAGGCGUAUUCUGUACGAGCAGUGCAUGGACCUGCAGCUCUUCUACAGGGACACUGAACAAGCCGACACCUGGAUGGCCAAGCAGGAGGCUUUCCUUGCCAAUGAAGACUUGGGCGACUCGUUGGACUCAGUCGAAGCUUUGAUCAAGAAACACGAGGACUUUGAGAAGUCUUUGGCCGCUCAGGAAGAGAAGAUCAAAGCUCUGGAUGAGUUUGCCACCAAACUGAUUGAGGGCCAGCAUUACGCUGCAGACGAUGUGGCGCAGCGCCGAGCUAUGCUGCUGGAGAGACGCUCUGUUCUGCUGGAGAAGUCUUCACAGAGACGAGCCAUCCUGGAGGACGCGUACAGACUGCAACAGUUUGAGAGAGACUGCGACGAGACCAAGGGCUGGAUCAACGAGAAACUCAAGUUUGCUACAGAUGACAGCUACUUGGACCCUACAAACCUGAAUGGAAAAGUUCAAAAACACCAGAACUUUGAACAAGAAUUAAACGCUAACAAGUCCCGAAUGGAAGAGAUCACUUCCACCGGACAAGAAUUGAUUGAAGCUCGUCACUAUGCCACAGAUCGCAUACAGUCUCGUAUGGAUGAGAUCGUACAGUUGUGGGAGACCCUGGCCGCUGCUACAGACAAGAAGGGCUCCAAGCUACAGGAGGCUUCUCAACAGCAGACGUUCAACAGAACAGUGGAGGACGUGGAGCUGUGGCUGUCUGAGGUGGAGGGACAACUGAUGAGCGAGGACUACGGCAAGGACCUCACCAGUGUGCAGAACUCGCAGAAGAAGCAUGCUCUGCUGGAGGCAGAUGUUGGAUCUCACCAGGACAGAAUCGAAGGCAUCAAACAGAACGCUCAACAGUUUGUGGACAACGGACACUUUGACGCCGACAACAUCAGGGCUAAACAGGAGGCAUUGUGUGAGCGUUACGCUCAACUCCAGAAGCCGAUGAGUCUGAGGAAGCAACGUCUGCUGGACUCACUGCAGGUGCAGCAACUGUUCAGAGACAUUGAGGAUGAGGAAGCCUGGAUACGAGAGAAGGAACCUGUGGCCGCCUCCACCAACAGAGGCCGAGAUCUGAUUGGAGUGCAGAACCUGAUGAAGAAGCACCAAGCUGUGCUGGCUGAGAUCAACAACCACGAGCACCGCAUCACAGCCGUGUCACACUCGGCACAGCAGAUGGUGGACGGAGGUCACUUUGCGUCUGACGAGAUCAGACUGCGGGCCGGCAACCUCAGCGACCACUGGACUCAACUCAAGGAGAAGGCUUUGCAGAGGAAAGCAGAUUUGGAAGACUCACUUCAGGCGCACCAGUACUUUGCUGAUGCCAACGAGGCCGAGUCCUGGAUCAAAGAGAAGGAGCCGCUGGUGCUGAACCAGGACUACGGGAAGGACGAGGACUCCAGUGAGGCUUUGCUGAAGAAACACGAGGCUCUGGUCAGUGACCUGGAGGCGUUCGGCAACACCAUACAGGCGCUACGGGAGACAGCCCAGGCAUGCAGGCAACAAGAGACACCAGUGAUUGACGUGACAGGCAAGGAAUGUGUUGUGGCUUUGUAUGACUACACUGAGAAGUCACCUCGGGAAGUGUCCAUGAAGAAGGGAGAUGUACUUACACUCCUCAACUCUAACAACAAGGAUUGGUGGAAGGUGGAGGUCAACGACCGUCAAGGUUUUGUCCCAGCCGCUUACGUCAAGAAGAUCGAGGCCAGCUUGACUGCUUCUCAGCAGAACUUGGCUGAUAGCAGCUCCAUUGCAGCGCGUCAGAACCAGAUAGAGUCGCAGUACGACCAGCUGCUGUCACUGGCUCGUGAACGACAGAACAAACUCAACGAGACUGUGCGAGCUUACGUGCUUGUCAGAGAGGCCGCUGAGUUGUCCACCUGGAUUAAGGACAAGGAGAAUCAUGCCCAAGUGCAAGAUGUGGGUGAGGACUUGGAGCAGGUGGAAGUGAUGCAGAAGAAGUUUGAUGACUUCCAGUCAGACCUCAAGGCCAACGAGGUUCGUCUGGCUGAGAUGAACGAGAUUGCGAUGCAACUGAUGAGUCUCGGACAGACGGAGGCUGCUCUCAAGAUACAGACACAACUACAGGACCUGAACGAGAAGUGGACGUCACUACAACAGCUGACUCAGGAGCGAGCCACACAGCUGGGCUCGGCUCACGAGGUGCAGCGGUUCCACCGAGAUGUGGACGAGACCAAGGACUGGAUACAGGAGAAAGACGAGGCACUCAACAACGACGACCUGGGCAAGGACCUGCGCACUGUGCAGGCGCUGCAGCGCAAACACGAGGGGCUGGAGAGAGACUUAGCGGCGCUUGGAGACAAGAUUCGUCAACUGGACGAGACUGCCAACCGUCUGAUGCAAACCCACCCUGAGACUGCAGAGCAGACGUACGCAAAACAGCGUGAGAUCAACGAGGAGUGGACCGCUCUCACUGCCAAGGCUAACAGCCGCAAGGAGAAGCUGCUAGACUCGUACGACUUGCAGCGUUUCCUCAGUGACUACCGUGAUCUGAUGAGCUGGAUCAACAGCAUGAUGGGUCUGGUGAGCAGUGAUGAGCUGGCCAGUGAUGUGACCGGAGCUGAGGCGCUGCUGGAGCGACACCAGAACCAUCGAGCUGAGAUUGACGCUCACUAUGGGUUGGCCCAGGAACACAGAACGGAGAUCGACGCUCGUUCUGGAACAUUCCAGGCCUUCGACCUGUUUGGACAGCAGCUACUGCAGUCUGGCCACUACGCCAGUGUUGAAAUACAGGAGAAACUCGAGAGCAUGGCUGAGGCUCGGCAGGAGUUAGAAAAGGCAUGGAUUGCACGACGCAUGCAGUUAGACCAGUGCCUAGAGCUGCAGCUGUUCUACCGUGACUGUGAGCAGGCUGAGAACUGGAUGUCUGCGCGAGAGGCCUUCCUGGCUGCCGAGGAGGUAGACUCCAAGGGGGACAAUGUCGAGGCCCUCAUCAAGAAACACGAGGACUUUGACAAAGCGAUCAACGCUCAUGAGGAGAAGAUCGCCGCUCUGCAGACUCUGGCUGACCAGCUGAUGGCGGCCGAGCACUACGCAGCCAAGCCGAUAGACGAGAAGCGACGACAGGUGCUGGACAGGUGGCGCCACCUCAAGGAGGCGCUGAUAGAGAAGCGGUCACGCCUGGGAGAGUCUCAGACACUGCAGCAGUUCAGCCGAGACGCUGACGAGAUGGAGAACUGGAUUGCAGAGAAACUGCAGCUAGCCACUGAGGAGAGCUACAAGGACCCAGCCAAUAUUCAGUCCAAGCACCAGAAGCACCAAGCGUUUGAGGCAGAGUUGGCAGCCAAUGCUGACCGUAUACAGAGUGUGCUGGCCAUGGGACAGAACCUCAUUGACAAACACCAGUGUGCUGGCUCAGAGGAGGCCGUCCAGGCUCGUCUAGCAUCCAUCGCCGACCAGUGGGAGUUCCUGACACAGAAGACGACAGAGAAGUCUCUGAAGCUGAAGGAGGCCAACAAGCAGCGCACUUACGUGGCUGCAGUCAAGGACCUGGACUUCUGGCUGGGUGAGGUGGAGAGUCUACUCACCUCCGAGGACUCUGGCAAGGACUUGGCCUCUGUGCAGAACCUCAACAAGAAACACCAGCUGGUGGAGGCCGACAUACACGCUCACGAGGAGAGGAUCAAGGACAUGAACUCCCAAGCCGACUCACUGAUAGAGAGCGGACAGUUUGACACAGCGAGCAUCCAAGAAAAGAGACAAUCGAUCAACGAGCGAUACGAACGCAUCAAGAACCUUGCGGCUCAUAGACAGGCUCGGCUCAAUGAGGCCAACACACUGCAUCAGUUCUUCCGAGACAUCGCUGAUGAGGAGUCUUGGAUCAAGGAGAAGAAGCUGCUAGUGGGUUCAGACGACUACGGCCGAGACCUGACUGGAGUGCAGAAUCUGAAGAAGAAACACAAGAGGCUGGAGGCGGAGCUUGCAUCUCAUGAGCCGGCAAUCCAGGCCGUGCAGGAGGCUGGUGAGAAGCUGAUGGACGUCAGUAACCUGGGCGUGCCAGAGAUUGAACAGAGGCUGAAGUUGCUGAACCAAGCUUGGUCUGAGCUGAAGCAGCUUGCUGCUACUCGGGGACAGAAGCUGGACGAGUCUCUCACUUACCAACAGUUCCUGGCCAAGGUGGAGGAGGAAGAGGCUUGGAUUAGUGAGAAGCAGCAGCUGCUCUCUGUGGAAGACUAUGGAGACACGAUGGCCGCAGUGCAGGGUCUGCUGAAGAAACACGACGCGUUUGAGACAGACUUUGCUGCCCACCGGGACAGAUGUGCGGAUAUCUGCAGUGCCGGGGCCAAACUGACAGAGGCUAACAACCACCACUCUGACAGCAUAGCUCAGCGCUGCCACCAGCUGCAGACCAAGUUGGAGAACCUGUGCAGUCUGGCCGCGCGACGCAAGGCUCGACUGAUGGACAACUCAGCCUAUCUGCAGUUCAUGUGGAAGGCGGACGUGGUUGAGUCGUGGAUCGCCGACAAGGAGACCCACGUCAGGUCGGAGGAGUUUGGCCGGGACCUGUCCACUGUGCAGACCCUGCUUACAAAACAGGAGACUUUUGAUGCCGGUCUCCAUGCGUUUGAGCACGAGGGUAUCCAGAACAUCACAGCACUCAAGGACCAACUGGUAGAGGCCAAGCAUGAACAGACUCCGGCCAUUCUCAAGCGUCAUGCUGAUGUCAUUGCCAGAUGGCAGAAGCUGCUGGGAGACUCCGAUGCUCGCAAACAGCGGCUGUUGCAGAUGCAAGACCAGUUCCGCCAGAUUGAAGAGCUCUAUUUGACGUUUGCCAAGAAGGCAUCUGCGUUCAACUCGUGGUUUGAGAACGCGGAGGAAGACUUGACAGACCCGGUGAGGUGCAACUCCAUUGAGGAGAUCCGUGCACUGAGGGACGCCCAUGCACAGUUCCAGGCCUCGCUGUCAUCAGCCCAGGCUGACUUUGAGGCCCUGGCUGCUUUGGAUAGACAGAUCAAGAGCUUCAAUGUAGGACCCAACCCUUACACUUGGUUCACCAUGGAGGCACUCGAGGACACGUGGAGAAACCUGCAGAAGAUCAUCAAGGAGAGAGACAUUGAGUUGGCCAAGGAGGCUCAGAGACAGGAGGAGAACGACAAGCUGAGGAAGGAGUUUGCCAAACACGCCAACGCCUUCCACCAGUGGCUGACGGAGACCAGGUUCCAGCUCCUUGGAUGGGAUGGAACAUCAAUGAUGGAGGGCUCGGGGUCGUUAGAACAACAACUGGAAGCCACAAAGAGGAAAGCUGCUGAAGUGAGGUCUCGUAAGACAGACUUGAAGAAGAUUGAAGACCUGGGAGCGAUCCUCGAGGAACACUUGAUCUUGGACAACAGGUAUACGGAACACAGCACGGUCGGACUGGCACAGCAAUGGGACCAGUUGGAUCAGCUGGGCAUGAGGAUGCAACAUAACCUGGAACAGCAGAUACAAGCCCGCAACCAAUCAGGAGUCAGUGAGGACGCUCUCAAGGAGUUCUCCAUGAUGUUCAAACACUUUGACAAGGACAAGAGCGGCCGACUCAACCACCACGAGUUCAAGUCCUGCCUGCGCGCGCUCGGCUACGACCUGCCCAUGGUGGAGGAGGGACAACCCGACCCCGAGUUCGAGGCUAUCCUUGAUGUUGUUGACCCCAACCGAGACGGCUACGUGUCACUGCAGGAGUACAUGGCCUUCAUGAUCAGCAAGGAGACGGAGAAUGUGCAGAGCUCCGAGGAGAUUGAGAACGCCUUCCGCGCCAUCACAGCUGGCGACCGACCUUACGUCACCAAGGAGGAACUCUAUGCGAACCUCACCAAGGAGAUGGCGGACUACUGUGUCGCAAGGAUGAAGCCCUUCGUCGACCCCAAGACAGAGAGACCAAUCACAGGAGCACUCGACUACAUCGAGUUCACUCGAACUCUCUUCCAGAACUAAGCUUCGCUUCUGCCUUUUUGACUAUAUAUAUAUUGAAUUUUCAGAGUAUUAUUUAUAUCAUACAUGUGUAGGUUAUAUUAAGCGUAGUAUAUAUUUGUUCAGAGAAUUAUAACAAAAUAUCUAUGACAUCAAAAUGUGAAAUGGUUUCUAUUUGUUUUCUAGAGGUUUAUAUGUUUAUUUAUUGAAUCCUAGUGUAUAAAUGUUACACAAAAUUGAGGAAAGCCAAAGUAAUUGUUGUUUUACUAACGCUAGAGAACAAUCAUUCAUUUAGUAAUUUAUUAUCGCUAUUUCACGCAAUGGUUAUAUUUUUUACUUGUCACUUAUUAGAUUAAGAAAUCAUCGAUAGAUUUUAUCAUCACACAAGGAGCUUUUUCACUUGUUUUUAAGUUUUAAAAUUGUAAUGUUUUACUUAGGGAUGGACGAGAUUGGAUUUUUAGUUCGAGACGAGACGAGACGAGAUUUUUUAUUACUCAUAAAAUUUCGAGACGAGAUCGAGACGAGAUUUCUCUUCUCAUACACAACGGGAAAUGCACGUUCAAAAUUUUUACCUGAUUUUGUAACAUUGUUAGAUGACUGUUUAAAUACUAAAAUAAUGAGAAUAGGCAA